AUGACAUCAUUCAGUAAGAGAAUGGUCUCCGGAUUUUCCGGAACUAUCAGCAUAUGUUUACUGACAUGCUUUUUCUUUGAAAAAGUUUGCGGUGAUAUGGAGCAUGAUAUGGGUAUGGAUGAUACUUCGGAGUACACGAGGCCAGAAAUUGUGGAGGCUGGGUCGAAAUCUUUCCACUGGCUCUGCGCUUUGGGGUUUCUGUUGCUUUUACCAUCUGUCGUUACAUGCCUUUCGUUUGCGGGAAGGAUAUACUCGGCUACUUUCUUACAAUGCAUUUGUGCCGUUUAUGCCUUCUUUGAGGCUGCCGUCUUCAGGUUCCAAGACAAUGACGGGGUCGAAAACAGAACUUCAAGGGGGACUGCAUGGUUUUUGGCGGGACUUACUUGGAUAACUUUAUUCUUUGGUGGAUUAGCCGGAGGAACUGGUUUCUUAGUUAGAAGCAAGAGGUUACAAACGUUCAUAUCAAAUGCGGGUGAGAAAAGGUUAUCAUAUAUUCAUCGCGGUUUAUCCUUUUUAACUGUUCUCACAGGCUGGGUUAAAGUUUGUUUGGCACCGGUUGCGCUAUUUGGGUUUUGCAGAGAGGCGCACACAGGGCAAUGUAUUGCUCAUGGUAUCAUGGGAUCCGCGUUUGUAUUAUACGGGUUCAUUUAUGUACUGGUUUUGGUCAUACCAUGGAUUCGCAGUGCCCAAACUUCAUAUUCACAGGAUUAUGUUGACAGUUGGGUUAUGUGCGUAUGGGGCGUCGUAAACACAUUUACUGAACAUAGAUGGGGACGUGAAGGAUGGAGUGUUCAUGAUUAUCAACACACUUUUAUGGGGAUUAUCUGGUGGACUGGUGGUAUACUCGGGAUUUUCCUUUCCAGAAAUGGCAGAAGGACAUUUGUGCCAAGUUUGAUCAUUAUUUUCACUGGAUGGGCCAUGUCUGAGCACGCUCAGCACUUGAUAAUUAGUACAAAAGUCCAUAAUAUGUUCGGGCUGGUUCUGAUGUGUGGAGGUGCUCUAAGAAUCAUCGAAAUAUCUUUUCUGCUACAUGAUAAAAGAACGCUAGGUAAUAUACAUUCAUUCCAAUACCUAGCUCCCUUUUGUCUAGUAUGUUCGGGUCUUCUAUUUAUGGGUGCAAACGAAGAACAGCUCAUUUUAGUGUUGAGGCUAGGUGGAGACCAUAGUGCAUAUGUUCUAAUUAUCGUAUCAGGUGCAUUCUUGGUGUACUUCUGGAUGAUUGCAUGCUUGGAAUUCUACUUGUACCUAUUUGAAAGAGGAAAGCAAGGGUUCCUUCCGAAGUCAUAUGAACUUCAAGAGGAAAGCAAUAACGUCAGCUUCGAGUUAGAUAAUAUAUCGGACAACGAUGUGGAUGAAGAUACCACUUCCUUCAAUGUUUGA